UCCUGAAAGGCAGCACAUUUCCUGUCUGCACGGGAACACACGAACCACCGGUCAGGCGGCAGAAUACGGAACAGAUAGCGACACAAACUGCUAGCAUACGCACUCAUGUCGGUAGCGGUUAGUUAUUUGAACCUGUUCGCUUAUUCGUCUCCUCAAUAUGAACAUGACUGCGUUUGCUCAAAAGUGCGCCACUGGCUGAGACUAUUCUGCCUGUAAGUAAACUAACUAGACGUACCUACUGCACAUCCCUCCCCUCCUUCUCCACGGCCGCGUUCAGUUCUCCACCUCCAGUAUCGGGCAUCUCAAUGGCGGACCCGGCAGAACCAGCCCCGGGAAGCGUGGAGGAGGAGAAGACGGAUCGUAUCAACGACACAGAGCUGGCACUAAGAGGAAUCAAUAUGCUCCUUAACAAUGGAUUCAAGGAGAGCGACGAGCUCUUCAGAGCAUACAGGAACCACAGUCCUUUGAUGAGUUUCGGGGCCAGUUUUGUGAGUUUUCUGAAUGCCAUGAUGACGUUUGAAGAGGAGAAAAUGCAGAUGGCCUUUGAGGACCUGAAAGCUACAGAGAGACUGUGUGAGAGUGAAAACACUGGUGUCAUUGAAACCAUUAAAAACAAGAUCAAGAGGAGUAUGGACUCUCAGAGGUCAGGGGUGGCUGCAGUGGACCGACUCCAGAGGCAGAUCAUCAUUGCAGACUGCCAAGUUUACCUUGCAGUGCUGUCUUUCAUCAAACAAGAGCUGUCAUCAUACAUCAAAGGAGGCUGGAUCCUUCGUAAAGCCUGGAAAAUGUACAACAAAUGUUACAGCGACAUCACACACCUGCAGGAGGGCAACAGAAGAAAAGCCUCUGAACAGCAAGCAAUCCCACCUCUAUCUCUGUCCUCCUCCUCUGACCCGUCCCACCACAGCCGCUCCUCUUCACCCGGGCCAAGCCCAUCCCAGAGACUGGACGGCAUCAGCCCAGAGGCUCUGGAUCGGCUAAAAGGUUCGGUCAGCUUUGGUUACGGCCUCUUCCACCUCUGUAUCUCGAUGGUGCCGCCGCACCUACUGAAGAUCGUCAACCUGCUGGGCUUCCCCGGCGACCGUCAUCAAGGCCUGUCAGCGCUCACGUACGCCAGUGAAAGUAAGGACAUGAAGGCCCCCUUAGCUACCUUGGCCCUCUUGUGGUACCACACAGUAGUGCAGCCCUUCUUUGCUCUGGAUGGCACAGACACACAGGCAGGCCUGAUGGAAGCCAAAUCCAUUCUCCAACAAAGGGAGGCUAUCUAUCCAAACUCCUCCCUCUUCAUGUUUUUCAAAGGCAGGGUUCAACGCCUUGAGUGCCAGAUCAGUAGUGCCUUGACGUCCUUCCGCGAUGCCUUAGAUCUGGCUUCUGACCAGAGGGAGAUUCAGCACGUGUGUUUAUAUGAAAUAGGUUGGUGCAGCAUGAUCGAACUCAACUACAGCGAAGCCUACAGAGCCUUUGAGCGACUGAAGACUGAGUCUCGCUGGUCCCAGUGCUACUACGCCUAUUUAACUGGAGUGUGCCAAGCAGCCACAGGUGAUCUGGAGGGAGCUGUCACUGUGUUCAAGGAUGUUCAAAGACUUUUCAAACGCAAGAAUAAUCAGAUAGAGUUGUUCUCCAUGAAGAGGGCUGAGAAGCUAAGGAGCCCCAGUCUAUCCAAAGAACUCUGCAUCCUGUCUGUGAUUGAGAUUCUUUAUCUGUGGAAAGCUCUGCCCAACUGCUCCACCGCCAAGCUGCAGACAAUGACACAAGUCCUGCAGGGGAUUGACGAUGCCUCAUGUGCAGGCCUGAAAAACCUGCUUCUUGGUGCCAUAAACACAUGUCUCCAUAAUACCAAAGAUGCCAUUCAGUAUUUCCAUCUGGCUGCAAGGGAUGAGGUGGGUCGUCUGAGCAACUCUUAUGUGCAGCCCUACUCCUGCUAUGAACUGGGCUGUGUGCUGCUGAACAGCCCAGAGUCUGCAGGGAAGGGCAGAAUGCUCAUGCUUCAGGCCAAGGAGGACUAUGCCGGCUAUGACUUUGAGAACAGGCUCCAUGUUCGUAUCCAUUCAGCUCUCGCCUCUAUGAGUGCUGAAGCCCAGCCUUGACAUUUUAUCUGCGCCUCAGAAAGAACUGGAAGAAAUGUCUUUAAAAAAAGCCACAAUACCAUUCUGGGCACUAAUGCUACACUGUUUUAUUUGUUUCAGUUAAUUUAUUUUUAUUUUCAUAUUCUGAGCCAAUGCAUCAUUUAAGAAUGUGUGCAACAUAUAGUAUAAAGUGGUUUAUGGGAGUUACAGUUACAAGAGGUGUUUUACUUAAUAAUAAAUAAUAAAUUGAUAAAUUGGGGUUUUGUUUGUUUAAUUUCAAAACUUAAGGUAAGUUAAAUCAGAUUAAAAUCUAUACAUUAAUUUUGAAAAGCAUCAGUCAUUACUUCCACAAAGAGACAAUUUUCCCUCUGAUUUGGAGACAAGUCAGGUCAAGUAGAGUAAUGACACAAAGUAUUAACUGUCAAAGCAAUUAUAAUGAAUGACAGCCUAUGACUUUAAGAAGCCAAUAUUUUUACCAUCUCAGUGUUGGUUGUUGACUUUGACAUUUGUGCUGUAAAGGCUUUGCUAAUCCAUAGGCAUGAGUACUAAACAGUGAUUUUUCUUUUAGCAUAGUCCCUUUUUUAAGCAGAAUUGUUUCAGUGUAAUUAUGUCUUGCACACAAGUUUUAAUAGAUGUGCCAACAUCAUGCCACUUUUGAGUGGCCUGUGCGCACAGUGCUACUCUUGGCUGUAAACUGGUUCUCCUUUUAUAUUGUUUGUUUUAAAAUAAUAAAAUGAAUAUUGUAAAAUGGCA